CCGAGUAGUUCUGGUAGUACCCAGGGAGACCUGCUUCUAGCUCCGUUUUCGCCGGAAUUGGAAGUGGAAAUCGAAAACGGAAUUAAGAUCAAAAAAGUGAAGCAAGGGAGAUUGAGCAGCAGUUCCAGUGUCUACUCCCACCCGUUUGACCGGUCUUGCGUGAAGGAAAAGAAGAACACCAAGAUGAACACGGGGUUGUUGCAGAAAGCAGUUGGUGGAGAUGAUCCUGGAGGAGAUAUUAGUUCUGACGCGAAACCAAAUGUUGACAAAGGCAAAUCCGCUUCCACUCUGAACAAACCUUCCACUACGAAACGAACCACUACGAAGAACGUCCUCCAGGGUCUGAACCUUGCGACCUACUUUGACAGUUUCAUGGACUUGCUGGACUUCCUCCGGUAUGCAAUGCAAAAGCAUCGUACUUACUAGUAAAAAUUGCAUUACAAAUUGGCUCAGCAUUACAAAUUGAAUUUGUAAUGCGGAUUUGCCUUCACAAAAAGAUUUGUGAUGCAUAAAUGCAAUUAGUACGAGUGCGAUACUUUUGCAGUCCAUAUCCGGUUUUACGAAAUCCCGUUUUCCCUCUACGAGUUGAAGUGUUUGUACAAAGUGUUUUAUGCAGUACAAAUUUCAUCCCGUACACGUACAAAUGCUGUUUCUGCAUGACAAAACUUGGCUUUAAUCCUAGUCUAGCACGACAAGUUCACACGACUACAAGUUAGCGAAAUUUGUCAUGCAUUUUGUACAUGUUGUGCGGAAAAUUUGUAUUGCAUACGUUUCAAGACGACGGCUUUCAGAAGCAGAAGGAUUGGGUGACGGACUUCCUGCAGGAUAUCCAGGACAUGGAGGCUAUGAAAGAAGAGGAUUUGCACUUAUUACAACGGUCUGUGGAAUCCUACUGCCACAUCUGUCAAGUCCAGCUGAAAGACUCCGAUCGGAUGAUUUACCCGGAAGAGGAGUGGGGCGCUUUGGGCGUAGACACCAGGGAGAGCAGUAGCAGUGCUGCGUCCUCUGCUGAUGAAACUUGUGUGGUUGCUGCUGACGAGGAUGGUGAAGACGGAAAAAUCGGGAUGAUGAAUAUUAAAACGUCGAAAAAUAUUAAAUCCAGCUCUUCCUCCGGUUUGAUUUGGC